AUGGAGAUGAAACGAAGGCCAGCUCCAGUGUUGUGCAUCAACGACAUUAAGGAAGAGGCAGCCAAGGUUUUGGAGAAGUCUGCAUUGGAUUUCUUCAACUCCGGCUCUACCGACCAGAUCACUGUUCAUGAGAAUAGUGCGGCCUUCGGAAAGUAUCGGAUCCGCCCUCGGGUGCUGCGGGACGUGUCUGAUGCAGAUACCAGCGUCACAGUACUGGGACGCAAGAUCGCGUUCCCUCUUGGUGUCUCCCCUGCCGGGAUCCAAGCUAUGGCUCACCCCGACGGCGAGCUAGCCACAGCCAGGGCUUGCGCGGCACGGGGCGUGCUCAUGGGGGUAUCCUCUUUCGCCAACUACUCCGUUGAAGACAUCGUCCAGGCCGGGAUGGAAGUUGGGCCCGUUGGGCACGCAAUGCAGCUAUACACGAUGAAGGAUCGUGCCUUGCAGGAACGCAUCAUCAAACGGGCCGAGGCAGCUGGAUGUGUGGCCGUCCUCAUCACGCCGAUAGUCCCGUCCUUGGCGUUCGGUUUCCCCAUGCUGGAGAGGACCACGGAGCAGAUACGAGAACAGACGCAUGAUGACGGCUUCGUGGCAUUUAACUCGGACGCCCACUCUUCGGCCUACGACAUACCGUGGCUUCGUGCUAAGACUAAGAUGCAGAUCUGGAUUAAAGGCGUCCUCACCGCAGAGGAUGUCCUUGUCGCUCGCGAGUACAAAGUCGAUGGCGUUAUCAUCAGCAACCACGGUGGCAGGCAGCUGGAUGGGACACCGGCCACCAUCGACGUUCUCCAAGAGUGCGUGAGGGCAGCUGAUGGCAAGAUUCCCGUUCAUAUUGACGGAGGGUUCAGGAGUGGGCUUGACAUCUUCAAAGCCGUCGCGAUGGGCGCGGAAUGCUGCUGGAUAGGGAGGCCUGUGCUUUGGGGCCUUGCUUACAACGGCCGCCAAGGUGUCGAAAGGACGCUGGACAUCCUUUAUGAUGAGUUCAAUCGGGUGAUGCAAUUGUCAGGUUGUAAAAACGUAUCCGAGAUCACCCUCGCGUCUCUAGGGAUUGUUCGUCAGGACGGUCCUCUUGCGCGUUUAUGA